AUGGCACUCACAGCUCACGAGCUUGCGCAAUUGCGAGUCGCACUACAAGAUGCGGUAGUAAGAUGCUCAGAGCGCUGCCUGUAUCAAUCGGCAAAAUGGGCGGCGGAGCUGUUGACAUCGCUCCCUGACCCAACAGACGAGGAGCUGCAAAACGAGGACGUCGAGCAGCCACACCUGUCCCCCGUUUUCCUGCCGAACCAGGACCCGGAGGAGGCGCGGCUCGAAUCCAGGGAGCUGAGCAGGUAUCUCCUCGCCAAGUCGCUCUUUGACUGCCGCGAGUAUGACCGCUGCGCCGCCAUCUUCCUGCCCGACGCUCUCUUCUCCACCGUGCUCGGCUCGCGGACAGACGUGGGCAGCAGCUCGCCGAGCAAGAGCAAGAGCAAAGCGAAAGCGGCAGAGGCCAGGCCUGUCUCUCCCUUGCCGCUGAUGAGUCAAAAGAGCCUGUUUCUCGCCCUCUACGCCAAGUUUCUCUCGGGCGAGAAGCGAAAGGCGGAAGAUUCCGAAAUGGUGACGGGGCCGCAGGAUCUCGGCACUGUUGUGAAUAAACAACUUCUCGCGGUGGGAAGCUAUCUGGCAUCGUGGUUUGAAGCAAAGACUGUUGAUAAUGAAGUGGUCGGGAGCCAGGGCUGGUUGGAAUAUCUAUACGGUAUGGUGCUUGCCAAAGAAAAGAAUGACAAAAGGGCUCUCGGGUUCUUUCUGCAAAGUGUGCACAAGUUUCCCAUGAACUGGGGCUGCUGGCUAGAAAUUACAUCACUGACCGCGAGGAGCGAAGACUUGGAUCGAAUAUCUCGACACUGUCCGCAGAAUAUCAUGUCAUACAUGUUCCACCUACAUACGUCGCUCGAGCUGUACCAACAUUCAGCAAGCCUGGCCACCUCACUCGAGCAGCUUAUGGCUAUUUUCCCAACCUCAUCUUUUCUUCUCACUUGUAAUGCGUUGUUGGCAUAUCACGAGAAGGAUCUUCUGUUAGCGGAACAACACUUUAGCCGCCUACUCUCCUUGCACCCACAUCGCCUAGAUUCCUUGGAUCACUACUCUAAUAUUCUGUACGUUCUGAAUCUUCGACCGAAACUCGCCUUCUUAGCACAUCUUUGCUCGAGUGUGGACAAGUUUCGGCCAGAAUCUUGCGUCGUCAUUGGAAACUACUACUCGCUGCUCUCCAUGCACGAGAAGGCCGUCCAGUAUUUUCGCCGCGCUUUGACGCUAGACAGAACUUGUCUGUCAGCCUGGACGCUGAUGGGUCACGAAUAUGUCGAGCUCAAGAAUACGCACGCAGCCAUUGAAUCAUAUCGCCGCGCAGUAGAUGUUAACCGACGCGACUACCGUGCCUGGUAUGGACUCGGUCAGACAUACGAAAUGCUCGAGAUGCACACGUAUUCGCUCUGGUACUACAAGAAAGCCGCGGGUCUGCGGCCGUGGGACGGCAAGAUGUGGAUGGCUGUUGGAUCAUGCUUGCAAAAGAUGGGGAGAGACCGCGAUGGCAUCAAAGCCCUGAAACGUGCUUUGCUCGCCGAUGCCUACUACGAUGCUGGCAGUAGCUUUGGCAACAAUGGUGGUUUCGGCUCACACGCGGCGACAGCACACAUGGAUCCCGAAAUUCUCCUGCAGAUUGCAACCAUGUACGAGCAGCUUGGCGAGGAGGAGGAAGCGAAGUCAUACAUGGAACUUUGCGUAGGGCAAGAGGAUGGCGGCAACCCGGCGGGCAGAGAUGCAGACGGUUCGGCUAUUGACCCGUCCCGUUCGCAGAAUGACUCGCCUGGAGGAUCAGACGAUGGCGAGCGUGAGGAAGGGCGCACUGAGGGGACGGGUGUCACAGCCGCGACAAGCAAGGCGCGCAUGUGGCUGGCCCGUUUCGCUAUGCGCACCUCGGAUUAUACAGUUGCUCACCGGCUCGCAACGGAGCUUUGCCAGGACGGUGUCGAGGUGGAAGAGGCCAAGGCUCUUGUGCGUGAAGUCCGCUCGCGCCUGGAUGCUUCGGAAAGAAUAUUGUCAUGA